AUGCGAGACAACUGUCGAGGGAUCCGUCCUGGUCAGCGUCCCUUCCAUCCUUACACCAACACGCGCUCCUGCCAUCUCGAUCUUACCCACCGAUCAGAGUACCACUGCCGCAUUCCCACUCCUCCCCUUGCUUCGACCAUCCGCAGUCUGCGUCUUUCCAUUCUGAACGGUGAUACAACCACGUUGGCCAUGGCUGGAACAGAAUCGGGUCGCCCGUCGGGGUCAGAUAAACCGCUUCGAUAUGCCUGCGAUCGUUGCCAUACACAGAAACUGCGUUGUCUUCGUGCCCAUGUCACUGAUACGCUCAAUCAAAAGGAACCUUGCCUCCGCUGCCAGAAAGCUCAUACCCCGUGCAUUAUCAGUGCGGCGAACAAGGUCGGGCGUCCCCCGAAAUCCUCCAGCAAGAAGUCCCGGGCUUCUUCCGCUUCCCCCAAAAGCUCGGAUACAAUCUACGCGGCGUCUCGACGCUUUGUCCUGGAUGUGGAUGGGGACGGUAUAAAUGAGCUUACCAGAGAUCAUCCGCCCGUACAGUCGAUUAACGCUAGAGACGACAUUUCGAUGUUCAGCCCCAAUCAGCUCUACAAUCUGCCACGAUUGGCAGCGCAACUCCAGUCUUCCUUUCCCGUCAUGUCUGACUCCGGAGUGUCUAUAAACACAGAAACACCGGCUACUCGCUCCCUUUCUUCGAUAUGCGGGGAGGAACUGGAAGAAAAGGAUGGGGAUAAUCAAGACUUCGGCCGGGAGAUGUCAAUGUGGCCCACUCAGGAUGAUUACCUGGGCUACGAGUGUCUGAGCCUUGGGCCCAACGGUGGACCUAUAACCGGAGUCAACGAGAUAGGGGUUCCGCAUUACCCCGAGAUGUACGAUGGCGUCUAUAGAAACGGAUCUUUGAUUUAUCCCGCUUCAUCUGGUCCUUUCGAUGCCCAAAGAUUAAUCCUAUCGAACACGCCACAGGUUAAUCCUGUGCCACCAGCUUCCACCAAGGAGGCAGGGUUAAAUAUCGCUCAAAACCUCAACUCGAACCUUCUCCGUUUGUCAGAAAAAGCAAGAGCAACAACUGGUCAGGCCCUGAAAGCGGCUGCAGGGCGCGAGAAUGAGGUGGUGAGCCAGAUGGUUCAAUUUGCAAGAGAGCUGAUCGAUCUCGUGCCACGCAUCAUCUCAAUCUCCCGCACGAAUCGAGCCUCCACCGUAGGCCAUUCGGGCCCGGGCGUUCUCCACAAGCCACGAAAUACGAUUUCUGCCCUGGGGGGCUCAUAUUACAGUCCUAACGCAGGCUCGUGCUCUCAGUACGACUCAAUCUUGCACAGCCCCACAGCUGCUUAUGUCAAGACUACUGCCCUGCAGCGGGAUCUCCUGGUCAACGUCGGGGUGAAUCCUCGCUAG